CUUCUCAACGUCCAAGCAAAAUGUGUAUCCGAGUCACUUUAAUCGUUCUGGCAAUCUUUUUGUUCGUAAAAAAAACUCCACAUAAUACUGAAAAAUGUAGUCCUUUGAAUUGUAUAAAUGACGGUUAACUAUAUUAUGACAAUAUACGAUCAACACUUUUACAAGAAUGUAAUCUUCAAAGCAACAAAUUCAAAGCUAAAUUAAACAAAGCACAUCCCCUAAUAUUGUAGUUAAAUGUAUAGAUAAUAUUCUGAUCUCUAAUUUCUGAUAUUGUAGUUAAUUGUAAAGGCAAUAGUCUGAUUAAGAAAUUUAAAAAGUCCUCGCAUUGCUUACCCUAAAAAAUAAAAUCUAACUUUGUAUUGCCUCAUUACCAAGGCAUUUGCAGCAAG